AUGACUGACAAUAAAGAAACCGAUCCACUACAACUUUUAAUGUAUUUCACAGCUAAUAAUUUGACGCCUCAGCUUCUUGAUCAAAGCAAUAAUGUUGUUUCUAAACUUCAGGAUGCCACUUAUAUACAGUUUGAUUCUUUACGAUUUGAUAAAAAUAUGACAGCUACAUCUUUUCAAGGUCUUUCACACCAGUGCUUUCCGUUAUCCGUUCUUUAUCACGCUACCGCAACAAGGGAGCUAGAUUUCACUAAAUAUAAUGAAGAUGCAACAGAGGAAAAAUUUACCUCGCGUUUAAAUUAUACAGAAAGGAAACAAUGGCUAAACUUUGUUAGUGGCUAUUCACCUUUGAUUAAUGAUCCCGAUAAGAACCUAUUUGGAAAAACUUCAGAAAAGCGUAGGCACGAUAAUUUGGCAGAUAACGAUCAUCAAAAUGCAGCUGAAAUAAAGAGACAGAAAAAGACACGUUUUGAUAGGGAUAAAAUUUGGAUGGAAAAUUACCAGAAAAAUCAUAAAGCCACUUCAAGCUGGCCCUGGGAGGAAUCAUUGGAAAGUAAAGACAAAGAAGAGAAUUACUCGCAAUUCAUUCAAUAUGCUGAUAUUUACUUCCUUAAAGUGAAAAAUCGCGAUUUGCCUGCUCAAGAAAGACCUGGCCAUCUUCGAGCGCCAGAUUCUUUCGCGCGAACGCAUUAUCGUUCUGAUGUAAGACAAAGUUCGAAAACACCUAGAAAUCCAUUAAUUCUAGUACCUUCAGCACCUUCUGCAUUCAUUACUAUGUUUAAUAUUAAGCAACUAUUACAAGAUGCAAGGUUCGAAGAUCAAGUCUCACUUCGUAAUGAACAAAAAAAAGAAAAUCUCAUUAAAAUUAAUCGGAAUGGAAAAAUAUAUGAGUUCACAGAUUUAGUUGAUAAUUUGCAGCAAUCAGAUUGGAAUCGAGUAGUUUGCGUUAUUACUGACGGGAGCGAAUGGUUAUUUAAAAAAUACUUGUGGAAAACACCACAAGAAACAUUCAAUCAUGGCGUUUAUUUUAAAUACAACCAUGAUGAAGUCAAAAAGAAUGUUACUUGGAGGAAUGUUCAUUGCAUCAAUAUUCAUCGAGAAUUGCGUCAUAAAGAUUCUGAAGCCUAUACCGAAUUUUGGAAUAUCGUGGAGAAAGCUAGAUAUUGA